GAAUUUUGGUACAGCGACGGAAACAUCAUCCUCGUUGCGCGCGACGUGGAGUUCCGCGUAUACAAGGGCCUUCUUGCGGACCACUCCCUCGUGUUCAGAGACAUGUUCUCUCUUCCUCAGCCUCAUGCUACAUCGUCAUCAACCGCUGCACUGGCGGAGGUCCCAUGUCCCGUGGUUCAUCUGUCGGACUCUCCCGAAGACCUGCGCCACGUACUGCGUGUUUACAUGCCCCGAGGCGGCUUAAACGCGUUCUUCCACAAAGCCCCAGAAUACACAUACCACACCAUCUCUGCGGCAGUCCGCCUUGGCCACAAGUACCAGAUGCCAGAUCUACUUGACAACGCUCUCGGCUUUCUCAAAGCGUACUACCCGACGGAUUGUGACGCAUGGAGGACAAUCGACCGCGGACUGCCUGGAUUCAAGGUCGAGCACACCAUCGGCGUUGUCAACCUCGCGCGCCUCACAGAUGACGCGAGCCUGCUCUUGAUGGCGCUCUUCGCCUGCUGCAACAUCGAGAAUGCGGAAACGGUGGUUCGCGGAUUCGAGCGCGAGGACGGCUCGCGCGAGCAGCUUGCGCUGGACGACGUUCUG